AUGGGGUUGUGGCUGCUUGGACUGCUACUGCUGCUGCAGGACUGGGGUGAAGCGGGAGGUUCUGAGCUGGCCUUCGUGCAGGAGCCAGGGGACGUGGUGGCACUGAGAGAACACCCACUGCUGCUGAGGUGUCAGGUGGAAGGAGAGCCGCCCAUCACCAUCUCCUGGCAGCGAGAUGGGAUACCUCUGGGAAAUAAUAGUGGUGCCACCCUGAUGCCAGAUGGAUCUCUUCACCUUGGGGGUUUCCCCAACCACCAUCCCCCUCAGGGAUCAUCUGCUAGUGUCCAUGAGUACAACUGUAUGGCUCAAAACCGCUAUGGACGGUUGGUGAGCCGGAGGGCACGGGUGCAGCUGGCAAGUCUAUCUCGAUUUCACCAACACCCUGAGUCCAUGGUGGUAGAGCAAGGAGGUGUUGCCCGUUUCCAGUGCCUGAUCCGAGGAGUACCCGAGCCAACUAUCUCCUGGGAACACAACCGAACUGCCUUGAGCCCUACCAACCACAGGUUCACCUUACUACCUGCAGGCAUUCUGCAGAUCACAAAUGUUGGGCAGUCUGAUAUAGGCACCUACCGAUGUGUGGCACACAAUGUAGCCAGUACUCGCUACAGCCAGGAGGCCCAACUUGCACUGAGCGUGUCUCCCCUGCGGCUGCUUCAGGAACCAGAGAUUCUAUCGGGGCCUCAGAACCUGACCCUCACCGUGCACCAGACUGCAGUGCUAGAGUGCAUUGCUACAGGCCACCCCCGCCCCCUAGUCUCCUGGAGUCGCCUGGAUGGUCGUUCCAUUGGGGUGGAAGGAAUCCAGGUCCUGGGAACUGGGAACCUGAUGAUCUCAGAUGUGUCUGUUCAGCACUCCGGAGUAUAUGUCUGUGCUGCCAACCGACCGGGCACCAGGGUCCGGCGAACAGCUCAGGGGGUCCUUCUGGUGCAGGCCCCUCCAGAGUUUGUCCAGUGGCCACAGUCUGUGUCAAAGCCCCCUGGCAGCAGUGCCAUCUUCACAUGUGUGGCCCAAGGUGUUCCUGAACCCCGGCUCAUCUGGCUGAAGAACGGAAAGGUCCUGAGCCCCGGAGAUAAUGUCAGGCUCACUCACAACAACAGCACACUGAUGUUGGCUGGUGUCACAGCAGAAGAUGAAGCCAUCUACCAGUGCAUAGCAGAGAACAGUGCAGGCUCUAACCAGGCCAGUGCCCGCCUGGCUGUGACUGGAGCCCCAGAGCCACCCCCUGUUCCCCAAGGUCUCCGGGCCUCUGCCCUCUCCACAUCCACCAUCCGAGUUUCCUGGGAACCUCCUUCUUUUGGCGACAAUCCCAGUAUCAUCGGCUAUGUGCUACAUCUUCAGCCUGAGGGAGAGCCACCUGGCAGGGAAUUACAGGAAGCCGUGAGCAAAGGGACCUUUGAACAUGUUUUCACCAACCUGGAGCCAGCUACCACCUAUUCCAUCCGUCUUCGGGCAUAUUCUGAUGAGGGUGCUAGCCAUGACUCUCCUCCCGUACAUAUCACCACCAUGGGCAAUGCUCCUGCAGCCUUUGGCUUCUACACCAAAGUGCUCAAUGCCACCUCAGUUCAGGCCUCCUGGGAGCUGCCUUCCCAGCCUGGGCUCGUCCAAGGCUUCAAGCUCUUCCACAGAAAGCUACCAGCUGCUCAUUUUGAGGGACCCCUCCUUCUAGCCAGAAGUGCCAGUUCAUUCCUCUACACUGACCUAGAGCCUGCUGCCUUGUAUGAGAUCAAGCUCCAGGCCUUCAACGGAAAUGGGGAUGGAAACAGCACAGUCCGUUUUGUCUCAAUGCGUGAUGCCUUGACAGCAGACACAGAUCCCAAGGCUGGAUGCCCCUGCCGCCAGGAUGGGGAAACCCCAUUCAUGGAGAACACCUCUGGCAUGGGGGUGUUCGUGGGCAUCCAUGUGGGCUUUGCUGCCCUCAUCAUCUGUCUCCUCUGCCUCCUCCUGGGCUGGCGCCAUAGUUUCUUAUGUAGGAAAGGGUCUGGGGAGCACUGGACUGUACCCUCAGCCUCUGCUGACAGGGCUUCACUAGGACAGCUGGAGAGUGGAGGAAAACCUGGAGAGAGGAUUGAGCUCAUUUCCCAGGUCACUGUGGAGCAACAGUCAGCAGCCUAG